AGUUCUUUUUCAGCUUUUAGCUCGGCUCGGUUCGGCAAUCGGAACCGCCGCGAUGGCGCCUGCGAAGGCCGCGGGCGCCGCCGCCGCCGCCGCCGCCGCCGUCUCCUUGGCCGUCCUCUCGUACCUGCUGUGCAGCCUCCGCUCCCAGAGGAGGGCGCCGCCGGAGAAGAAGCGGAACGGACGCGGCAAGGACGGAGUGGUCGGCGCCGUCGGGAACACCCCGCUGAUCCGAAUCGACAGCCUCUCCGACGCCACCGGCUGCGAGAUUCUUGGAAAGUGCGAAUUCUUAAAUCCCGGGGGAAGUGUGAAAGACAGAGUUGCUGUGAAAAUUAUCGAGGAGGCCUUGGAAUCUGGCAAGUUAGUAAGAGGAGGGGUGGUCACUGAGGGCAGCGCGGGUAGCACGGCCAUUAGCCUUGCCACGGUGGCUCCGGCAUAUGGAUGCAAAUGCCACGUGGUUAUCCCAGAUGAUGUUGCUAUUGAAAAGUCUCAAAUACUUGAAGCUCUUGGAGCUACUGUGGAGAGGGUGAGGCCAGUGUCGAUUACGCAUAGAGAUCAUUAUGUCAACAUUGCAAGGAGACGAGCAACAGAAGCAAAUGAGUUAGCAUCGAAAUCCGGGAUAGAUGAGCAAACAGAUGGUAUACAAUUAGAGCAUGUCAACGGUUACCAUUGUCGUGGAGAGACGCUUAGUUCAAGUCCAUUACGUAAUUACAAAGGAGGAUUUUUUGCUGACCAGUUCGAAAACCUUGCAAAUUUUAGGGCCCACUAUGAAGGUACCGGGCCUGAGAUCUGGGAACAAACAGGUGGUAAUAUAGACGCGUUUGUAGCGGCAGCAGGCACUGGUGGCACUUUGGCUGGUGUUUCAAGAUUUCUUCAGGAGAAAAAUCAGAAGGUCAAAUGCUUCCUUAUAGAUCCCCCGGGUUCUGGUCUGUUCAAUAAAGUGACGAGGGGAGUGAUGUACACAAAGGAGGAGGCUGAAGGGCGAAGGCUGAAGAAUCCAUUCGACACUGUAACUGAAGGAAUUGGAAUUAACAGACUGACAGAGAAUUUUAAGAUGGCAAAUCUCGAUGGAGCUUUCCGGGGGAUGGAUUUGGAGGCUGUUGAGAUGUCAAGGUUCCUCUUAAAAAAUGACGGGCUCUUUCUGGGGAGUUCUUCAGCCAUGAAUUGCGUAGGAGCGGUCAGAGUUGCCCAGUCAAUAGGCCCAGGUCACACUAUAGUGACUAUCCUCUGUGACAAUGGGAUGAGGCAUCUAAGCAAGUUCCACAACGAUGAAUAUUUAGAUCAGUAUGGUCUGAGACCCCGAGCAGCAAGCCUAGAAUUUCUAGGUAUCAACUCGAGAACUAUUGGCAAAUUCUAUUCUUGAUGGGUUCUCGAAGUAACAGUAACAUGAAAUCACACUUGUUCAAAUGGCAGCCGAUCGGAAGUCGGAACCAUAGGUUGACGGUGAUGAUGCCAGUGAGGGGCGUAUUUUGCUUUCUCUUAGUCGAUCAUUCUUUUAGCAGGUGAGCUUGAAACAAAUGCCGGCUUGUCAUUCAUCAUUGUAGCGCUUGAAGUUGAGGAUUUCAUUAUAUUCAUAUUCUGUGAAGAAAAGAGCGGACAAAUUCCUGAUUAAUGUAACGAGUGCCGAAGGCAAUCAAUUAGUCAACUGUCUCUUUUACUACCA